AACCGCGAGGGGCACGCUGUGUUCCUCGAGCUGCUGCGCGCCUGCGAGGGGCGCUUCGACGAGCUCGAGGGCAUCGUCCAGGCCGUGUGCAACCGCAAGGGCUUUCUGAUGUAGGUCGUCCAGAAGAACCUCGGGGUGGCAGCUCUGAAGGAACUCGUCAGGGUGGUGGCGCUGGCACCUCAACUGCGCGAGACGCUCCUCGCCGGGCUGUUGAAUGAAUGCCUGAUGGAACGGAGGAAAGGUGAUGUGCUGCUUCACCAUUGCUUCAUGUUUCUGCCUUACGAGGAUUGCAAGAUUAUCAUCCGGGUCGCCAUCGCUUCCAUUGACGAUAUGAUAUCGUCUCCGAUCGGGUGCCGCUGCCUGGGGGUGUGCUUGUCGAACGCAAGAGACGGCGAGCUCCAGACUCUCGAGGAGAACAUCGCGAGGCGCGCCAUCGCAAUCGCCACGGAUCAAUGCGGCGCCAAGUUCCUGCAGCAUGCCCUGAGGUUCGGCAGCGAGGAGCUCAAGGUGCGCAUCGCGGAGCGCGUGGCGCAGAACAUGGUGGACCUGUCCGGGCACAGCCUGGGCAACUACGCGGUGGAGGCGUGCUUCCGCCUGACGGGGUCCGACGAGGCUUUGCGGUGCGUGCUCUCCGCGUUCCUGCUCCUGAGUCCCGGCGAGCUGGAGGCGCUGGUGCGAGGCCCGCACUCCAACUGCGUCCUCGCGAAGCUGCUCGACACGGGCAAGCGCGUGAGUAGCCGUGCUCUUGCACACCCCCUCCUCCCUCGUCGCUUGUUUAAUUUGAUGCACUGAGAUCUCGAUCGUUCUUAGCUGAUCGCCUGCUGUGUGAUGUGAUCGGCGGCAGUACUCCCCGUCGCUCGCGGAGGCGCUGGCGAAGCGGAUCGAUGCGCUGCCGGCGGCGGUGCGGCAAGACGAGCAUGCGAGGGUGUUGAUGUGGGUCAUCCACAGGCUGUUCCACACUUCCACUAGCAGCCGCUCUCCAUCCAACAGGCAAUAGACGAUCUCUUCUGUUCACAGCAGCACAUUGACGUGUAUACGUGCUUACGACUGUAAGUAGAGUUAAGAUAGUACUGCCGCAGGCCGUGCUGCAAGCAACUGCAAAGAGGCACCGCGUGUCAUGCGUUCAACUUGUGCCGAUUGGUAAGUAGCUGAUGCUGCAACUUUGGGUUAUCCAGCUCUGCAGGGCUUGGUUGACUGUUGAUUCCAUAGGAUGAAAUUUGAAACGGCAAGUAAAGGUUUUCUGCAAGUCCCUCUUUU